AUGGAGACCCAGAGGGCCAGCCUCUCCUGGUCACUGUGGCUCCUGCUGCUGGGACUAGUGCUGCCCUUGGCCAGCGCCCAGGCCCUCAGCUACAGGGAGGCCAUGCUUUGUGCUGUCGAUCAGCUCAGUGAGCGGUCCUCAGAAGCUAAUCUCUACCGCCUCCUGGAGCCAUCUCCCCCCAGCCUUGAUGUGGAGGACCGGGGAGCUCGAAAGCCUGUGAGCUUCAUGGUGAAGGAGACCCUGUGCCCCAGGACGAGCCAGCAGCCCCCGGAGCAGUGUGACUUCAAGGAGGAUGGGGUGGUGAAAGAAUAUGGGCUGACAGUCACCGUGGACCACUGGGACGAUGUAUUCGCAUAA